CGGCCGGUGCGGGCGGCGCGUCGGACGAGCGGCGCCGCCUGACUGACCUGGUCACCUGGCCUGGUCGAGCCUCUGGCCACCAUGGGUGUCGCCGAAACUGUGCACCGCUCCGCCUCGUGCCCGCCCAAGAAGAAGUGGAUCAACGCGUACAAACAAGACGAGGACAGUCGCGAUGACGUCACGCUCGACACGCCGGCCAGCCGACGGCCACCGCCGCCGCCGCCGCCGCCACCGCCUCCUCCGCCGGCGGGCCGCCCCUCUCGAUCGCCCUCCUCGUUCAUCGCCACCCACCACAGCUACGUGCGGUCGCCGGCCGUGGCGCCGCCGCCGGCCGUCGGCCCGCCGCCACUCGGCUCGCCCGAGCCGCGCAACGGCGCACUCUCCGCCGCCGCCGCCGCUGCUGCCGCUGCCGCCCUGCCGGCGCCAGCUUACCGCUACGACAGCGCAGACGACAUCCAGGAGCGGAAGGCGCGGGUCAGUGCGGGCACGCGCGAGGUGCACAACAAGCUGGAGAAGAACCGCCGCGCUCACCUGAAGGAGUGCUUCGAAACGCUGCGCCGCCAGGUCCCCGUGCUGGACGACAAGCGCACCUCUAACUUGGGCAUCCUUCGCGGCGCGCUGCGCUACAUCGGGACGCUGAAGCGGAAGGAGCGCGAGUGUGAGCACGAGAUGGAGCGCCUGGCGCGCGAGAAGAUCGCUAACCAGCAGCGGCUGGCGCAGCUGAAGCGCGACCUCAGCGCCAAGUGGGACCACAUCGACUUCAGCACCCUGCUGCCGGACGGCGCCGCCGCCAACGACGACUCCAACUCGACGCUGUCGGCCUCCGAGCGGCUGGACGGCGACUCGUACCAGGAGAGCCCGGAGCGCGAGGAGGUGGGCGGCGCGGCGUCGCCGGAGCCACGGCGGCGCGCGGCCGAGCGACCGGCUGCCGCCAGCCCAGCCUACCUCACCGGCCACUCGUCCGGCUACUCGUCCAGCUCGCCGACGCCGGCCGGCCUGGCGCGCCUUGCCGCCAUGGCCUCCAGCCAGCAGAAGCUGCUCGUCACCACCGGCCACAAGGUGUCGGUGGUGCACGCGGCCGGCGGGGUGUACGUGCCGGUGACGGCGCUGCCGGAGGCGGGCCGCGCGGCGCCCACCAUCUCGUACGUGGAGCAGCCCCUGGACGCCUCCCGGAAGGCGCUCGUGCUGGAGACGGUACCGGGACACAUCGCCAACGUGCAGGUGAGCGGCCGCGGCCGUCGGCUGGCGGCUGCUGGAAUCUGA